AUGGGUGGAGAAAAAUUAAUUUACGGAGGAUUCAUCUACACAAAAUGUAAAGAUGGAAAAGAUAAACGUUACUGGAGAUGCGAGAAUUGGAAAAGUGAUAAAUGUCAUGGAACUGCUACAACUGAUAACAACAACUCUGUUACUGUUGGCCAGGAACAUAAUCAUGGACCAUCACCGACUCGAGUUGAGUUAGCUAGAAUUAAAAACAACAUUAAUAAAGCUGCUAUUAACUCUACACUUUCACCAAGGGCAGUUGUAAAUUCGCAAUUAGCUGGAAUCAGCGAUAAAGCUAAGGCUAGUCUUCCAAAAUUGAAAAACCUUGAAAAAACUGUUGGAAGAAAACGUUACGCGAGUGGUGAACCUAAUCCAUAUAACCUUGCAAGGGCUCUACUAGAUGAACAGGUCCGAGUUGAUGCUAUUUCAGUAAAAAUUUUGUCGGGAGAAGAAAUUCCUUUAUUCAGCAAACAGCAAUACCAACGUGCUAAUGAACGACUUCUAAACGUUUUGAGGGGGCAAGCGAUGAUAAAUCCCAUUGAAUAUUUAACGGCAUGCUCUCAUUAUAUUCAAUUUUAA